AUGAACACGCCCACAACCCUCUCCCUGCUCCGGCAAAUAUCUCGUCUCAAAAACUUGCGCUCCGCUGCCUCGACCAUCAGCUCAAACCCGUCCCUCGCCCGACCUUUAUCCUUCUCCUCCCGCCGCUCCCUCCGAGCUACUGCCCCUCAGCUGGAAAAGGACAUUCCAGAUCCGUAUCACAAAGUUUCAACCGAAGCUACCGGCACCUCGGCGGGGCCCCACGAAGGCUCAGCUGCACGGACCGAUCGAGAUAUCGUGGUCGAAUACCCACCAGAAGAGGAGUUUCCCCGGGACCGUCCACUGCGCGGGAGAGGAGGGAUCCGCUAUGUCAGAACAUUGCCGACCUUCAGUCUCGAGGGCAGGACGGCAGUCGUCACCGGCGGUGCUCGAGGGCUCGGAUUGGUCAUGGGUCAAGGCCUUGUUCAAUCAGGAGCUGAUUUGGCCAUCGUCGAUCUGAAUAAGGAGGAAGGUGAAAAGCAAGCUGCGGAACUCAUGUCGAUGAUGGCCAAGGAAAACGCAGACAGCGGCUCCGAAGACUAUAUCCCUAAGGUGACAGCGCACUACGCCGACGUGUCAGACCCAGAGUCCGUGAAUGCAUGCAUCGCCGAGAUUCUCAAAGAGCACGGUAAAAUCGACCAUUUGGUGACGUCGGCCGGAUUCACAGAGAACUUCUCCGCCGAGACGUACCCGUAUGAGCGCAUGAAGAAACUCUGGGGCGUCAACGUCGACGGGACGUAUCUGUUUAGCACGGCGGUAGGAAGGCAUCUGAUGGAACGCGACAUCACGCACGGGAGCAUUGUCAUGAUCGGGAGCAUGUCUGGCGCCGUCGUCAAUGUGCCUCAACCACAGGCGCCGUACAACGCGGCAAAGGCCGCUGUCAGGCAUCUGGCCGCUAGUUUGGCCGUGGAAUGGGCACACGCACAUAUCCGAGUGAAUUGUAUCAGCCCUGGCUACAUGUUAACGGCUCUGACCCGCAAAAUCCUUGAUGACAAUCCAGAACUCAACAAAACUUGGACAUCCUUGAUCCCAGUGGGCAAGAUGGGUUCUCCUGAGGACCUCCAAGGAGCUGUGGUCUACCUGCUGAGUGAUGCCAGUCGGUAUGUCACGGGCGCAGAUUUGCGCGUGGACGGAGGGUAA